AUGUCCUCCGACACCAAGUCUUCGCCGACGCUGGAUCGUUUACAAGACCCGGAACAUCACGCAUUUCAAAUACCGUCGAAGAAGAUCAACGCCGGCGACGACCUCACCUUUUUCUUUGCUUCCACAGCAUACCGUGAUCUCACGAAAUGGCUGCUUCAACUCAAUCGAUCCAUGUUUCCGGGGAAACGCCAGGAUGGAAAGUCGGAGUCAUACACGCUUGAUUGUCAAGCUUCUCUUCCGCCGCACGUGGUGAAGAUGAGAAAACUCAUUGAAAGCCUAUCAGACUUCAUCGAUCAGGCGCCCCCAGACACAGGACCGAGGAGAUUUGGCAAUGUCGCGUUUCGCUCGUGGUACCGUCUAGCAGAGAACAAUGCUGGGGAGCUGUUGAGGGAGCACCUGGAGGGCGUUUUACCAGCCGACAUCAACAACGAGUCCAUAUAUGAUGAACUUAAGGCGUAUCUACUAGGCAGCUUUGGCAGCGCUCAACGCCUGGACUAUGGUACAGGGCAUGAGCUCAGCUUUUUAGCCUUCCUCGCAUGCCUUUGGAAACUGGGUGCAUUCAGAACAGGCGAAGAAAGGCUGAUAGUACUUGAUGUUGUUCAAUUGUACGUGUACUAAAGGCAUGCGGUCUUGAUUCAGCGGCUGACCGGACUCGCAGAUAUCUUGAACUGGUGCGAAAGCUGAUAUUGACAUACACACUGGAGCCUGCGGGAUCACACGGCGUUUGGGGCCUGGACGAUCACAGCUUCAUGCCAUACAUCUUUGGGUCAGCACAACUAGGACCGGCCAUUGAUCACGAUGACUUUUCAAAACCUGUCCCAACUGAAGGCUCUCUCCCUUCUGCGCCUUCACCGUCGUCUGUCACGAAUCAAGCGAUGGUCAAAGACUUCAAAGACACCAACAUGUAUUUCUCAGCAAUCCAGUUCAUCUAUGAUGUGAAGAGGGGUCCGUUUUGGGAACACUCGCCCGUGCUCUACGACAUCAGUGGGAUCAAAGACGGAUGGGGAAAGAUUAAUAAGGGCAUGCUGAAGAUGUACGCCGCAGAGGUGUUGGGGAAAUUUCCAGUGGUACAGCACUUCCCUUUCGGAAGCAUCUUUCGGUGGGAGAGAGACCCAGAGGCUGUUCAGACCGUCCCGACUACCCACGCGCAGCAUCAACCUGCCGCUAUGCAGAGCAAAGACGUGCCACCGGCGAUUGGUGGUACAUCUGCACCGUGGGCCCGCAGCGGCGGUGUAUCAAUUCCACAAAUGCAGUCGAGCACGGGAAUGCCGUCACUACGAGCGCCGUGGGCGUCAAGUAAUACACCGGGUCGACCAGUACCAGGACCACUAGCAGGGUCGUCGGCGGCUUCUCGGGAAAGAAGUCAAGAGCAGAAUCCGUCGACAGCUGCCCCGUCGGCCAGAAGAGACAGAGCGAGAUAG